AUGUUUCCCCCCUCAAGCGGGUAUGACUUCGACAUCGAGGCAAUCAGCGGAAUAUGUGGUAGCAUCUCCAUCGCCUGCUGGGUGGUCGUCUUCAGCCCUCAGAUCAUUGAGAACUUCCGACGUAGCUCAGCAGAGGGGCUGUCAAUGGAGUUCCUGGUCAUCUGGUUACUAGGGGACUUCUUCAAUAUCAUUGGCGCCGUUCUGCAAAAGGUCCUGCCAACCAUGAUCAUCCUUGCCAUCUACUACACGUUUGCCGACAUUGUGUUGAUUGCGCAGUGCUUCUACUAUCGAGGCUUCUCCUUUCGGGAUCCCAAAGACCAGAAGCCGGCAGAGGUGGCCGAUGGACCUACAUCUGAGCGGACGCCUCUUAUUGGGAACGGCCACACGAAUGGCCAGACGAACGGCAGCGUGGAAGAGAGGCCCACUAUCGGCUCGAUUGAUCCUGCUUCGAGGACGCGGUCACAGUCAUCAUUCAGAGACCGCUUUGCGAGCCUCGACGGCACGCAUCUAUCACCUGCAACGCCAAUGCACCCGCAGCCCAAAGAUUCAGAUGAAACCGAGCCACUAAAGCCAUCUCAGCCCCGCUCCUGGCUUCAAGCCAUCUUGUUCAACAGCACUGCCAUUGUGCUUGUCGUGCUAGCAGGUGUUGCAGGCUACUAUCUUAGCCCUUCCCAGCCGCCGCCGACACACCACCACACGACGCCUGCAGACGAACAAGCGCAGUCUUUGCAUUUCAGCUUCUGGGGUCAGAUCUUUGGAUACAUCUGCGCUGUGCUGUAUCUUGGCUCGCGCAUUCCUCAAAUUCUGCUCAACUACCGUCGAAAGUCUACAGAAGGUCUCAACGCUCUUUUCUUCAUCUUCGCUUGCGUGGGAAACCUCACCUACGUCUGCAGCAUUCUCGCCUUCGAGCCGAUAUGCAGCAGCCACCGCCACGGACAUUGGCAUGAAAGUAACUGCAAGCCGGGCGAAGCAUCUUCAGUGUACGCAACAUACAUUCUCGUCAAUCUCAGCUGGUUGAUCGGGAGUGCGGGCACGCUUGGUCUCGACUUCGCGGUCUUCGUACAAUUCUUCUUGUACCGGCACAAUGUUUCUGGCAAUACUUUGACCGCGGAGGAUGUGCCUAGGAGGGUGGACGGUGAAGGCAGAGGAAGGGAGCCGAAUGAAAGAUAA